AUGACAGAACAGUCACUAUACAACCUCACGACCGCAGGGACAGGUGACUUUCUGGAAAUCGUUGUCUCGAAAGUUAUCCCUUCAACUUCUCUCCCCUUAGCGGACAAGGCAUUUCCGAGCCUCCGACAGUCGUUGCUGAUAUCGUUUGAACCCCAGACGCCUCCUACUUCCACGUCUGGGGAUCUGCGAGCAACCGACUUACAGCUUCUGAGUAGCCAAACGUUCCCAAACCGGGAUCCGCCAUCCAGCGGAAGGCCAAAGUCAUGGAUAACUCUAGACACUAGAAUGUUUCUUCCUCUGCCGGACACGGUAUGUGGGAAUUGCCAGCGUGCAGGACACACGAUACGAGACUGUGUUGGGCCCGUCGAUGACUACGGCGAGAUAGACGGGUGUCCCAAGUGCAAUACCAGAGGCUCCCACAUCUACGACAACUGCCCCUUCCGAGAAACCACCGAGGAUUUCGAUCUGAUCUACAGAUACCGACAAAGAAAGCCUCCACUGAAGAGUUUUAUGACAUGGCAAAGUUUCCUGUCUGGUCAGCACCAGCCAGCCACAUGGCCAAAGUACAUCCCAUGGUCUACGCAAUUCUCGAUCGAACAGCAGCAGUCAGCCUUCAGAGCACACAGAAAGCCGGAGUGGUGUUACUAUGAGUACGACCGGAUAGGGUGGCCUGAUGCAGAAGCACAUUAUCGCGAGAUAGAUUCCGAAUCCGAAUUCAUGGUGCUGUGA